GUCCCUACCGGAUGGCAGUUCAAUCAAUAUAGAGCUGUCAAUUGUCAGCCGAGAUGUAUAAAAGAGAGACAAUCAUUGCUAAUGAUACACAUUGGGAAGGACCUUCAAGUUCUGCUGGUGCUUAAGAAAAGAUUUUCAGCAACAUGGCAUUGGUUCUCUUUCUCUUGCUUUUGCUCAAAGUGUACAUCGGAGAAUGUUCACACCCACUUGAUUCCUGCCCAAUCAAGAUGGAGCCAGUUGGAUGUUACGAGGACCUUUAUCACGACAGAGCUUUAACAACCGAGAUCUUGAAUGCCAGAGACAGCUCUCGUGACAUUUAUGCGGGAUACUCGAUUUCUUGGGGAAAUUGGAAAGACUACCUACCAAAAUUUAUCUGCGACUGUGCUAAAGUUGCAUUUAAGAAAGGAUUUAGAGUCAUGGGAAUUCAGUUUUAUGGGGAAUGCUGGGGCAGCAUGAGAGGUCACUUGGAUUAUGCUAAGCAUGGAAAGUCCAAAAACUGCGUACAUGAUGGAAUUCGCGAGAGAUGGGGUAAAUGUGCAAAUGAAACAGACGUUGCUUGUUCGGGUGAAACACUAACAAACUUCGUAUAUAAAGUGGCACCUACAGGCUGCGACACUUACUACGAACCUGUUGGGUGUUUUAAAGACAAGCAAGCUGUGCCAAGACCACUUCCAGACUACGUCAUGAACGAACGUGACUACACUAUCGAAAACUGGAACGAUCAUUUGAUUGAUUGGAAAAACUGGAACACCUACUCACCCCAGAUGAUUUGCCGAUGUGCCAAGAAGGCCAAAGAGCUUGGACGCAAAACAUUUUCACUGCAAUUUUACGGUGAAUGCUGGACUGGAGAUGAAUCUAGCAUAAAUUACGCUAAAGACGGAAAUUCGGAAAGAUGCCUUGCAAAAGAUUUCUUCAAAUGUCCUUACAAUUCGUACGAUUGCGUUGGAAUGGACCAUGCAAAUAGCGUUUACACGUUAACAACUGAACCUAGCACAGCAAAACCGUGGUCAAACCCCGUCAAACGUGAAAAGUUUGUUCUCCCAGCCUAAUGGUUCACAAAUACUAGAGUGCAUUUUCACCAAAGGUUAGAUGAAAGCAAUGUGAAGAGUAGACUUCGUUUAUUAUAAACAGAGCUUCCUUAGAAAAGAUAUUGCAAAAGGGGACAAUAUUUGGUUCAAAUUAGCAUCUUAAGCAAAGUAGCAAAUUACAUGCACAGAGUUCAUGAUUUAUUUAUUUCAGAAAUUGAAGUUUAGAUUAUCAAAUGAUUGCAAGAA